AAAAAUUCUAUAUAUUACUAGUCUUAUCAAAAUAUUUAAUAAAUGUUUUUAAUGAUGGUCCAACUUAAAAAUCACACUUGAAAGGAAAUUGUGACUUUUAUUUAAAUAAAAUAGAUAUUACCCUCUUAAGAAGAUGCAACGGAGACUGAAUGCAUGAGCAUCAAUUCAUGACAUACUUUAAAUAACUCACAAGUUUUAUCCUUUUGGUACUCCUAUAUAUCAACCUAAAAAUAUAGAACACAUCGACAAAUCAAAACAAUGAAUCCCCUUUCAUGCUUUUUGAUUGUCAUUGCAUUGUCUGCUGAGUUGAGUAACGGAGAGUCUUACGACAAAGACUCGGUCCAUUUUAUAAACUCUCUUAAUCCGAACAACAUUCUCAGGGUCCAUUGUCUAACGCACGAUGAUGAUCUAGGCUAUCAUUUGUUGAGUCCUGGACAAACCUAUGAAUUCAGUUUUUAUGAAAGUAUUUUCACGACUAAAGUCAAUUGUGCCUUAUGGCAGGGACCUGGUUUCAAGUUCUAUGCAAUCUUUAGGGCAUAUACAGGUGGUGGUUUCAUUGUCCACUAUGGUAGGAAAAACUUUUGGGAUGCAAGAGAAGAUGGUAUAUAUAUCUCACAUGGUAAAGAUUCUCCCAAAUUAAAGUACAACUGGUCGACCCAAGCCCUUUCACCAAUUUAUUAAGUGGACAAAUUAAACAUAUAUGUAACUUAUUGCUCAAUUGAGACUUUCGAUGUCUCUUUCUAAUAACAUAAAUAAAGACAUAUUUAUAUAA